AACGCUCAACUGCUAUUUACGACUACAAUACCCACAAUCCAGCGCGACGGGACUCCAACUUCCGGUACCAGGUUAGCCGGUCAACAGGAGAAAAGGUGUGUGUGUUUGUGUGUGUGUGUGAAUGUAGUGUGUGUGUGUGUGUGUGUGUGUGUGUGUGUGGAGAAUCAUCAUGCCGCUGGACGUCAGAUGGCCGUUUCCACAAUGUCCUGCUCUGGCCUGGAGGAUCUCCAGCUCAGUCAUCAUGGGCAUGGUGGGCUCGUACUCGUACUUCUGGACCAAGUACAUGAACCGCUUGACCGUCCACAAUCAUGAAGUUUUUUUGAACCUGGUCGACCAGAGACCCUCGGACACGCCCCUCAUCACUCUGUCCAAUCACCAGUCCUGCAUGGACGACCCACACAUCUGGGGAAUCCUGAAACUGCGACAGGUGUGGAACUUUAACAAGAUGAGAUGGACGCCGACAGCGUCUGACAUCUGCUUCACGCGGGAGCUACACUCCAGAUUCUUCAGCCGAGGAAAGUGUGUUCCCGUCUGCAGAGGUGACGGCGUUUACCAGAAAGGGAUGGACUUUAUUCUGGAAAAACUCAACAAAGGAGAAUGGGUGCACAUUUUUCCUGAGGGCAAAGUGAACAUGACAGAAGAAUUCAUACGACUGAAGUGGGGUGUCGGUCGUCUCAUCGCUGAGUGCUCUGUUAAUCCCAUCAUCCUGCCGCUCUGGCAUGUGGGCCUCAGUGACGUUCUGCCCAACAUGAAGCCCUACAUUCCUCGCAGUGGAAAGAGAAUCACUGUCCUGGUGGGGAAACCGUUCAGCGUCAAAGAUCUCGUUGAGUCUCUGCGAGCUGAAAACAAGAGCCAGUUGGAAAUGAGGAAGACGUUGACUGAUUUCAUCCAGGUGGAGUUUUAUCGCCUGAAGACUCCGGCUGAAGAGCUGCACCAGCAGAUCCACACAUCGUGAGUCCAGACUUCACCUGCUCACUCUCUGCCAAAUCACACGGAACAACCUUUAUCCUCAACCUGAGGGGAACAGUGUUUUUUUACCUCUUCCUCCUCGUCACGCCAUCAUCCUCCACAGACGAGAAUCAAGCUGAAGAACACGUCUGGAUUAAAGGCAGAUUCUGUUUAAUCUGCCACACACUCUAAUGCCGCUGCUACAACAGACGCACAUGAGCAUGAUUGAACAAAGAUGAACGCAUGAACUCAUGUCAUCAGUCAGUGCGGCGUCGCCUCAGCGGAUCCUGAAGAGUCAAAGAACUUUCUCAGAGA